CAGAUCUGAGGCGAGGAGAGGAAGAGAGACACGAAGGAGGGAACCACGCGCAGCCAUCGCGCCCUCGCCGCAAAGCCAUCGCUGCCGAAGCUCCACGCCGCCUCUGCCGCCUGAAACCCUAUCGCCAACACUGAUCUGUGCGCCACCGUCGCUGAAACUUGUCGUGGCCACCGAUGGUUCCGUCACUGUUGUGUGUCACCGUCCAGGGAAGGGGGAGGAGACGUGCGACUGAAAGAUGCACCGAGGAAGAAAAGCGCCGCCGUUUGCCACUACCGUUGCUGGAGGCUGCCCCGCCGCGCCUUUGGCUGCCGGGAAACGGUGUUGUUGCUGUAGGAGACUGUUCUCAAAGUUGCUGCUCCACUUCCAUCAUUCUUCCCUUCACAGUCAAUUUUAUGGGGUUGCAUGUCAAAAUUGAGGUUGUUGCUGAACCAUCAGAGUUUUCAGCCGGUAUCGAAGCUGCUGUCCGGUCAAUUUGGAAGCUGUUAUUGUGUCGUUCUAUUUUGUUUACCACGAUAUGUGGUUGUUGCCGUGAUCCCUACGGUUGCUUGAGAAUUUCUAUGGUUGCUGCCAAUUAACGUGAGAAUAAGGAUUUAAUGGGUUUAAGUAGGCAACUUGCGACUAAUCGAGCUUUAUCUUUUCAGGAACCGGAAGAAGCAUUAUGAAGAGUUACACUGCGUUUGGCUUAUAUGUUGUUGUAUUCAUUAGAUUAUUUUCUUCCCUCGUCUUUGUUAUUAUAAGUUUGAAAGAGGGAUAGGAAUUGUAUGUUUUAUAUGUAUAAUAUAUUGAGUUAUUAUGUAAGGAGUCUUGUAUAUAAAUCUAUGCCUGCUUGUAUUUUUCUUAAGAUAAAAUAUUUAUUUCUAGUUUUCUAAGAAAUCAGUGAUACAGUGUCGAGUCACAGGCUCCUAUUUUAUUAUUUAGUAUGUAAAGUAGUCGUAAUACUUC